AAACAGAUUUCAUUAAAACUAAAACAUAAGAUUUUUAAUGACGAGACAUCAUUUUGAUUUACAAGUAAAUACAUCAAACAGAAAGAAAAUACCAAAUUACUGUCGUACCGUAUCCGAAAGACUUAUGGGCGGCUGCCUUCCUUGAAUGGAACUUUUCCUGUUGGUUUUUGUCCUUGAUAUUGUACAAAUUAGAGUAAACGUAUUUGCUUUUAUAUUUCAGGUUCCAGUGCAUUCUGAAAAUGUCAUACAAAAAGAAAGUACACAAUUAAUAUUCAAAUUAAAGUAACAAAUAUAAAAAUAAAGAGAAAAACAUAACUUAAAUUAACCGGAUUGGCAUAAGAAGCCAUUAAUUAUAGUGGCUAUUUAGGAUACUUCUCAACAUUAAACACAACGCAAUAUGUGCGCUAUCAACAAGCAGUUUUUGUUUGCGCGUUUGUGUUUGCGUACGUGGUAAUACGAAAUAAAAUGUUUUGUGUCUCGCGUUGGUUCGCGUGGUAGAACGGCAAGCUAAAAUUUUGUUAUUUUGUGUGCCACCUUCUGUUCUCUGGCGGCAUAUUCGCGGAUCUUUCUGUACGAAAAAUCUCGCAUGUAAUUAAUAAUGUAUACUGAAGCAAAUUAUUUGGUCAAAUUAUUGGUAAAAGCUAUUGUUUUUAUAAUACAAAUAUGCACAUGCGCUGCGCAGUGAGACACGCAAAAGAACCAAUAAUUCUUGUGGCUCGAGCGUCAGCACGAAACAAAAAAGUUUAGUUGUUGCGUUCAAUAGUUCGUUACGGAGCUUGGGAACUUCAUUUUGUUCUAAAGGCGUAUUUCAAGUCAACAUAGCAAAACUGCCAAAAUUUCUUUAUUGUGCGUUGGCGCGGGCACAACGACGAUACAACGAAAUGUGCAACGUACGUUUUGAUCCAUUAACAGUUAUAUUCCUUUAAAGAAAAAUACAUUAACACAACAUAGCUCUGUGAUCUUUAUAGUUGUGUUACGUUUACCAAAAUGUAAAGCAUUUGUUCAAGAUUAUAUGAUAAAAAGACUUUUGUCAUGCAAAUGAUAAAAUUAGACUGAUCAACAAUGAUUAGUAUCUUAAAAAUUCAUCAACACAUGGUGUCAAUCUUUCCGUUAUUAUUAAAUGAAUAUAACUAUGUACUAUGAGUUUACCAUAAAUAUAUAUCAUAACAAUAUUGAUGAAUGCAAUUCCAUUCUAUAAACCUCGUAAUAAGAUUACAGCAAACUGCGUUGUCCAAGAUUAUGUUUGGGUCAAUUUUGCAGAGGAAAUGCCGCGUAAUGAAGACGAUGACAAAACGGAACAAAAUGUAGAAGCCAUUGUUCGUAUGCAUGAAAACACAGAUAAGCAAUCUAACAGGAGAGGUACUCUUUGGUUGGCCUUUGCUUUGCGACUCUUCUUAUUUUCACCAAUAAAAUGGAAGGGCGGAGCUUUAUGGAUAAGCGUAUUUCAUUUACUUUGGGCCGCUGUGUACAUCGUCAAAUUAAUCUACCUAACGCGUCUUACGUUUCAAAUAGGACAUUGUCGUGAACGCGCGAGCAGUAUUACCGAGGAUGGCUACAUUGCCCUACAUCACACUUUGUUGAAAAAUUGGGACGCCAGUUAUGAGACAUUGCCUUAUCCCCCUUCCAUAGGAAAGUUUGCUGUGUAUAACAAGGACGAUCUUCGAAAAAGAAUAAACUACGCUGUUGCAAAGGGAAGUAUUUGUAAAUUAUUUAGAACUUAAUAGCACGGAAGCUGUUAAGAAAUGUCACAAACUUUUGGGACAAAAAGUAUACAGUUCUCAAAAUACCAUUGCAAGAAAACAAAAUUAAGUCCUGUGAAUGACUUGCCUUCUUCAGGUCAUUCAAUUAUGAGCUAUAAUUUUGAAAAUACCCUAGAUAUAGAAUUGAAUAAAAGUUAUGGAUAUGUUAAAAAUAGUUUUCUUUAAAAAAAGUGAAUUCCUUGUAUUGUUAACCUUUAUAUAUUUGUAUCCCCAACCUUUUAUGUUUUGGUUAUCAAUAUGUUUUCAGGUCUACAAUGCAGAAUCUGAGGCCACGGGAUACCUCAGAAAACUGCCUGGCGACGACAUAACUAUACAUGUUGUUUACUGCCUGGCGACGACAUAACUAUACAUGUUGUUUACUGCCUGGCGACGACAUAACUAUACAUGUUGUUUACUGCCUGGCGACAACAUAACUAUACAUGUUGUUUACUUUGAUUUGAUAGAUGAUCCAGAAAACCAAACACUUAAAAACAUUCACACCAAUAUUCAGCGGAGUUUUAAACCAGACCAUGGAUUGUCAAAACAUCGGAAAGAAGACGGCAGUACAAUAUAUAGCUAUAAUGUUACAGUGGAUCUCAAUGACAAAAAUAUGUCGUCUGUUCUAGACAGGGUACUGGAACUGCGGAUUGCAUUUUCACUUCAUUCUUUGAGAGUAAGCAGGUUUGGUAACGAUUCAAGGUGCCUUCACAUAUAUGGAAAUGUGUCUUUCAACGACGAAGAUCACAAUGGCCAAGUAAAGGUUUAUCUCACUACCGGCAUUUUACCAGUUAGAUGUACAGAAAUGAAUUACUCUCUUACAGAUUCUCCACAAUGCAGGGAUUAUCACGGGAAAGAUGCACUAUGUGUCAAGAUACUGGCUUACGUUACCAUUUGUGGUGAUUGUGUUAUGUUUGUAGGAGGAAUAAUCGUACUGAUUAUCACAUUCUUCUAUAUGAAAGAACAUUACCAAAGAAUCUACGGUGAGACUGAAGGAAUGAAAAAUCUGCCUUGGGAUGAAUAUACUGGUAAUGUGCAGUGGUGGCAUAUUCCAUCUAUCAUAAGUGAUGGUUUCACAUUAUAUGGAGUCUUUCGGAUCCUAGAAAAGCCUGGUGAUGAUAACGACCUGGAGAAUCAACCUUUGAACCAGUGGGACAAAGAUUUUGUGUAUCCGGCUGCUUACUCACUUGGUUUUCACUGCUUCGUUUCAUCAAAUUCCAUCUUAAGUUCACAUUGUUGUUUAAAACCGUUAAAAGAUCAGCCUGCGAUGUUUUUUGCUUCCUUAUCUGUGUUACCAUUAUCCUUGUGGGCUUCAUGUUAUGUGCAUAUAUAGUUCUUGGACCGUACCAUGUUAAGUUCCAAAGUCUCUCAACCACUACAGAAAGUUUGUUUGCUAUGAUAAAUGGUGACGAAAUAUUUGCAUCGUUUGCAGUCUUACAAAAAGCUUACGUUGGAGACAUUAACAGAGUGUGGUUAUUUUCUAGGAUCAUCAUCU